AUCGUCGCAGCGUGGAGAAAUUCCUGUCCGCAGCACCAAAUCGACGACCGAUGCGGCCGCCGUCGCCGCCGCGGCCGCUGGCCUUCCCGACGCUGGACGCGCUGGCGGCGUACCUCCGGCCGCGGCUCCCCGCCCCGGCUCUCGCCUCCUGGGGCUCCGCGCCGGGGACCAAGAACCUGCUCAACCUCUUCCUGGAGCUCUCCUGCGGCGACUGCACGCUCCUCCCCUCCUCCGCGCCGGCCGCGCUCGUGGUCCGCGCCGUCCACGUCGCCACCGUGCGCAUCCGGAACCGCCGCGGCGCGCUGCUCGUGGAGACCCGGCAGCUUCUCUCCGACGGCACGCUCCGGCGCCGGGGCCCGCGGCCGGUGUCCGAGAAGAUGCGCCCCGGGGAGUCCCCCGAGGCGGCCGCCGCCCGCGCGGUGCGUGAGGAGCUCGGCGAGCGCGUGCGCGUCCGGAUCCUGGGCGCGGGCGCGGACGCGGGGCCGCGCGUGGAGGAGCGGGAGUCCGCGUCCUACCCCGGCCUCCCCGCCAGGUACCUGCUGUACGCGGUGGACGCCGAGCUGGUGGAGGGCGUCCCCGAGGAGGGGGAGUUCGACACGGAGGAAGGCGGCGAGGGAGAGGGGCACGACGGCGGCGGCGAGGCCAUCACCGUGAAGCGGCACUAUUGGGCGUGGGUCGACGACCAGGAGGACCCUAGCGACGCCGCGCCGGCCGCCGUCGCCGGUGCGCAGUAGACUUCCAGUUGGUAACUUUGAGAAGCAUUGGUAAUUGUUGUCAUCUUGGUUAUGAUUUUGUUCGGUUAAUUUGUUUUUGCUGGUAGCUCACGCGCACGAUUCAUCGGCUUGCUGUAUCAUGAUGUAUGUAUGGUUCUUGGACUCGAUUCCUGCAGUGUACAUAUACAUGUAUGUAUGGUUCUUGCGCUAGUGAUCUUGCAGUACUGAUCA